CACUGAUUCAUAUAUACUCUCCUCACUCCCCAUUUCUCUCUAUAACAACCCAAGUACCAAACCCUUUUGGUGCAAUUUCUCUCUCAACUCCCCUGCAACUAAAACGAAGAGCUACAAAUCAAGAGAGAGAGAGAGAGAGAGAGAGAGAGAGAGAUGGCAGGCCAGUUUCAGAAGACUAGCAUGUACAUAGAGCACAACCCUGCAAUAAUCGAAAACGGUGACUUUCGCAAGAACGUGGACGACGAUGGCCGUCCCAAAAGAACCGGGACAUGGGUGACUGCUAGUGCACAUAUCAUAACGGCUGUGAUAGGGUCCGGGGUGUUGUCUCUAGCAUGGACAAUCGCUCAGUUGGGAUGGGUUGCAGGGCCUGCUAUUCUCAUCGCCUUCUCUUUCAUCACCUUCUUCACCUCCACUCUGCUCGCCGACUGUUACAGGUCUCCCGACCCUGUCAGCGGCAAAAGAAACUACACCUACAUGGAUGUCGUACAAGCCAAUCUAGGAGGCAGAAAAGUGCAGCUGUGUGGAUUGGCUCAGUAUGGAAAUCUGAUUGGUGUUACUAUCGGUUAUACAAUUACUGCAUCCAUCAGCAUGGUGGCGGUGAAGAGGUCGAAUUGUUUUCACAAGCAUGGUCAUCAUGUCAAGUGUCACACAUCAAAUAACCCUUUUAUGAUAAUCUUUGCUUGCAUCCAACUCUUUCUCAGCCAAAUACAAAACUUUCAUAAACUCUCGUGGCUCUCAAUACUUGCAGCCGUCAUGUCAUUUGCCUAUUCAUCAAUAGGCCUUGGCCUCUCCGUAGCAAAAGUUAUAGGUGGACCACAUGCAAGGACUACCUUAACCGGAACUACAGUCGGGAUAGAUGUGUCGGCCUCCGAGAAAGUUUGGAAGACAUUCCAAGCCAUUGGAGACAUUGCCUUUGCUUAUGCAUACUCUACCGUUCUUGUGGAAAUACAGGACACACUGAAAUCACCCCCGGCAGAGAACAAGGCCAUGAAGAGGGCAACUAGCGUUGGCAUUGCGACCACCACCCUGUUCUAUGUUCUCUGCGGUUCCGUUGGUUAUGCAGCUUUUGGGAAUGAUGCACCCGGAAACUUUCUCACCGGUUUCGGAUUCUAUGAACCCUUUUGGCUUGUUGAUAUCGCCAACAUUUGCAUCGCCAUCCACCUAAUCGGUGCUUACCAGGUCUUCUGCCAGCCCAUAUUCGGGUUUGUGGAAAGCAAAUGCGCCAAACGGUGGCCAGAUAGCAAGUUCAUCAACAGCGAGUACCCCAUUAACAUUCCGUUUUGCGGUCAAUUCUGCGUCAACUCCUUCAGAUUGGUGUGGAGGACUGCAUACGUGGUGAUGACCGCAAUCCUGGCCAUGUUGUUCCCGUUCUUCAAUGACUUCCUGGCAUUGCUCGGAGCAGCCUCGUUCUGGCCACUGACAGUCUACUUCCCGAUAGAGAUGUACAUGGCAAGGACAAAAAUCCCCAAGUUUUCUUUCACCUGGACUUGGAUGAAGAUUCUGAGCUGGGUGUGCUUGGUGAUUUCGCUUGUUGCAGCUGCUGCAUCCAUUCAAGGUCUGACAACCGAUGUCAAGAAAUACAAGCCCUUCCACACUGAGCAAUAGUAGUCCCUUUUCCCUAUUUAUAUAACAUAUAUAUAUAUAGGUUUGAGUAGUGUGUGAUUAAUUGUUUCCAGCAAAACCCUCAUAGUAAUAAAGUCUGUAAUUUUCAAUA